AUGGCGGGGCCGCGGGGCGCGCUGCUGGCCUGGUGCCGCCGCCAGUGCGAGGGCUACCGCGGCGUGGACAUCCGCGACCUGAGCACCUCCUUCCGGGACGGCCUGGCCUUCUGCGCCAUCCUGCACCGCCACCGGCCUGACCUGCUAGAUUUCGAUUCACUUUCCAAGGACAAUGUUUUUGAGAAUAACCGCUUGGCCUUCGAGGUGGCCGAGAAGGAGCUGGGGAUCCCUGCUCUUCUGGACCCCAAUGACAUGGUCUCCAUGAGAGUCCCCGACUGCCUCAGCAUCAUGACCUACGUGUCGCAGUAUUACAACCACUUUUCCAGCCUUGGCCAAGCUGGUGUGUCACCACCCAGAAAGGGCUUGCCACCCGCCUCCCCACCUUCUGAAGCAGCCACUCCAGUGGAACCAGGAGACAAGGCUCAGGGCGAGGAGCUUUCCUCAGACAGCCUGUCGGAGCAGGGCACCCACCAGACCCCCAGCAGCACAUGCGCCGCCUGCCAGCAGCACGUACACCUGGUUCAGCGGUACCUGGCGGAGGGCAAGCUGUACCACCGGCACUGCUUCCGGUGUCGGCACUGCUCCAGCACCCUGCUCCCUGGGGCGUACAGGAGUGGGCCCGAGGAGGGCACCUUUGUGUGUGCAGAGCGCUGUGCCAGGCUGGGCCCAGGGGGCCGGUUGGGGACCAGGCCUGGGUCCCUCUCACAGUCAAAGACGCAGCACCAGCCGCAACUUGCAGAAGGAGCCAAGGAUGUUGAGGGAGGCUGCUCUGGCCCUCGUGUGGCGGCAGUGGCUGACGCUGACGAGCCCAAGGCCGGCCCUGAGGCCCGAGCCCACAUACCCACCAAACCCCGCGUCCCCAGCAAACCCCAGGAGCUGGCCAGCCCUCCGCCCAGUCGCCCCACACCUGCCCCUAGGAAGGCCUCUGAGAGCACGGCCCUGACACCCCCGACGCCCCGACCCCGGUCCAGUCUGCAGCAUGAGAACAUGGUGGAGCAGGGUGGCAGUGGCGGCCUCGUGAACGGAAGGCUGCACGAGCCGCCUGUCCCCAAGCCGAGAGGGACACCCAAGUUGUCUGAGAGGCCUCCGGCUCCCAGAAAGGACCCCCCAUGGAUCACACUGGUGCAGGCAGAGCCAAAGAAGAAGCCAGCCCCUCCACCCCCGAGCAGCAGCCCCGAGCCUCCAGGCCGCAGGCGGGGGGAGAAUGGCAACAUGGAAGAGGUAGCCCCGCAGAGCCCAGUGGCCGCCCUGGAGCCCAAGCCUUAUAACCCCUUUGAGGAGGAGGAGGAGGAGUCCCUGGCUGCAUCCAGCCUGGCCACUGGCCCUUCCCUGGCCCACCUGGAGUCCACAGCCAAGUCCCUGCACCCCUGGUAUGGCAUCACCCCCACAAGUAGCCCCAAGACAAAGAAGCGCCCCGCCCCUCGAGCGCCCAGCGCGUCCCCACUCGUGCUUCACACCUCCCGCCUCUCGCACUCAGAGCCCCCCUCGUCCACCCCAUCGCCUGCCCUCAGUGUGGAGAGCCUGUCAUCCGAGAGCUCCAGCCAGACCACCAGCCAGGAGCUUCUGGAACCACCGCCUGUGCCUAAGAGUUCCUCGGAACCUGUGGUCCACGCCCCUGGUCCACCUGGCACCUCUGCUGCCCGCUCUGCCGACUCCUCCCUGUCCUCCUUGGGGGAGCUGGGGCAGCCCAACGCAGACCAGAUGCCUCAAGCCAGUCCUGGCCUCACCACCAAUACUAGGGUCAGCCUGGAUCCCCAGGCAGCCAAGCCCUGUAGUGGUGCUACCCCCACCCCUCUCCUGCUGGUUGGAGACGGGAGCCCUGCACCUUCCGCUGGAGCCUCAUCACCCCAGCUCCAGGUAAAGUCUUCAUGCAAGGAGAACCCUUUUAACCGAAAGGCAUCACCCACGGCCUCCCCAGCGACAAGGAAGGCCACCAAGGGAUCCAAGCCAGCAAGGCCGCCUGCCCCAGGACAUGGCUUCCCGCUCAUCAAGCGCAAGGUCCAGGCUGACCAGUACAUCCCCGAGGAAGAUAUCCACGGAGAGAUGGACACUAUUGAGCGCCAACUGGAUGCCCUUGAACACCGUGGCGUCCUGCUGGAGGAGAAGCUGCGUGGUGGGGCGAAUGAGAGCCGCGAGGACGACAUGCUGGUGGACUGGUUCAAGCUUAUCCACGAGAAGCACUUGCUGGUGCGGCGGGAGUCUGAGCUGAUCUAUGUCUUCAAGCAGCAAAACCUGGAGCAGCGCCAGGCUGACGUGGAGUAUGAGCUUCGGUGCCUUCUCAACAAGCCGGAAAAGGACUGGACAGAGGAGGACCGGGGACGGGAGAAGGUGCUGAUGCAAGAACUUGUGACCCUUAUCGAGCAGCGCAAUGCCAUCAUCAACUGCCUGGAUGAGGACCGGCAAAGGGAGGAAGAGGAAGACAAGAUGUUGGAAGCCAUGAUCAAGAAGAAAGAGUUCCAGAAGGAGGCUGAGACCGAAGGCAAGAAGAAGGGGAAGUUCAAGACCAUGAAGAUGCUGAAGCUGCUGGGAAACAAGCGUGAUACCAAGAGCAAGUCCCCUGGGGACAAGAGCUAACAGCGUGGGAGUGGCUGGGGACAGACACCACCCUCCUGGCUCAUCCCUGGCUCUGCUGUGGGAAGCAGCUGAGAGGAAAGAUGAAUUCUGGGGAGGGAGCCUCUGGGCGAUAGCCUCCCCCUCCUCAGGGUCCUCUGGCUGGUCUGGGCCAAAGAAUGUUCUUCCCUCUUCUUUGAGCCCCAGGCAGCUAUGGCUCCACCCUGCCCAGUAGGUUCCGUGGACUCUGGAUGCUGUGACUGAUCUGAAGAGCAAGCAGGGUCCUGGGAGGGGUAAUGGCUGGCCACGCCCACCCCGUGCUCUGCCCAGCCCCCGCUGAGGUGGAAGAAGCGCCCCUUAGUCCCUCUUUCCUUCCAUACCAGGUGGUAUUCUCAGCCAUCAAAAUUCAGCACCGGAAGGCCCUUCCCCCAACCCUGAUGCCUGCCCUCUGGUCUGGGUCUCCGCUUCUAGGGGUCUGCCCUCUUGGAUGCACUGGCUGCUGGUUCCUGCCCAGCCCCAGCACUGGGCGGCCCCUAUCGUGCCUCCCAGUGCAGGACUUUGGGACCCCAGCCCGAGUCUGGGUUUCUCUCACUCGGGAGCUCUAUUUAUGGAGUUGAGUUGGUUAUGAGGAUCUGUGCUGUGUCUUCACACAUGAAUGGACCUGACAGGCAAAUGCCUCCCUCUGUCCUCAAAGUCCUAGGAGAUGCUUAUCUCAUCUCCUCUAUCUCAUGGAAACCUCACUUCUUGGGACACAGGGCUGUGAUGGCCAUGCUGGAGCUGGUGGGCCGUCUCUGGCUCCCCCUAGUGCUGUGGCCAUCAGGGAGGGCCUCAGGGAGGAGGUCCAGUUGCAGUUCCCGGGUCAUCAGCUUAGGGAGGGCGUGCUUCGAGUAGGUGCUAAUCGUGGUUCUUUAACACGUUGUGGUCUGGUCCCUAAUUGAGGUCCACCACCCCAGGUCUAGGAUAGCGGCCCCUCCCCUUGCGUGGCCAUCCUUGGCCUGUCUCCUCACACUCCUCUGUUGUCAGUUCUCUCCCCCGUCUGGGAUGGCUGCAGGAGAGAAGGAGCCAAUGCGGACAACCACCUUUCCCCACAGGGAACGUGCCCAGUAGCCCUUGGUAGAUGCACUGUUGUCAUAAGCUAUCUCUGGGACACCUCUAGGGCCCCUUCCCUCAAUAGGCCUCUGGGAAAAGACAGUACUGUAUUAAUGCACUAGGAUUUUCCUCACCAACAAUAAAUGGAGACAGCUGCUGUUACCAGCACCCUGCCUGCGCCACGUGGUGCUUUUCCCUCGGCCAGGUCAGACUUUUCCUGCCUUCGUAUCGCUUUGCGGCUGGGCAUCUCUGGUUGCCCAGGAGGGUCUGGGGCCAUGUUGGGGCUGUCUACUGAUAGGGCCUCAGCCCUCACUGCCUGCCACUGGGCAGGACUCCCUUCUUUGCAGGGAGAGGGGGCUCCCGCACCUCUGUAGACCCUGGUGAUCUUCUGAAUGUGUCUAUUGACCUGGAGCUGGGGUCCCAACUCAAAGGCCUUCCAGAGGCCAGGCAGGCAACAUACAUGAACCGACUGGGUGUAACUGGAUGGACGGUGUCCAACAGGCUGUCGCAGUGUCAGCAGACAAAACGGGUGGGAACUGGGGUGAACUGGAGUACCUUUGCUACAACCAAAGGGGUAAGUUGUUCCUGGCUUAAGUCACCUGUAGCCUACGGGAGUGUGGGCCCAGUGUUACCAGAUCUUUCCACUUUUCAAAAGAAGCCAGAAAUCGAGGUUUUUGUGUGUGAAAUUUGUGCUAGCAACAAAUUUGAAAUUAAAUCAAGGGCAGGAUGAUAUGGGGUUGUCAAGGGUGGGCUGAAUUUGUCCUCAGUUCUCCAGUUUGCUGUCUCUGGGCCAUGUGGAGGGGUGUUCAAGGUGGAGGCCAGCUGACCCCGUCCUGUUGCGCCCCCUGCCCUCAGGUUCUUGCUGGGUCUGUGGAAUGUUCCUGAGACAGCCCUUGACCUGGCCCUCCCAUCUGUUGGUGGCUGCCAACUAAAAGUUGGGUUAGGCUGAGUUACGGGACCCACCUGAUGGGAGGCCCUCCAGGUGCAGGAGACAGUCCAGGAGGGGUGGCUGGAAUUUCCAAACUCUUGGUGGUUUGGGGGACAGGAAGAUGACAGAAUACUGGAAGAGGUAUGUGUCAGAAACUAGGACAGUCUGAUCCCUUGACCCCUCUGUGUUUCUUUCUGUGGGCAGGGGGUUCAGAGGAAAGCCAUGAAGCAAUUUUUGAUCCCAAGUAGGUCCUUGGUCAUAGUGUCUUGGUGAGCUUGAGUUCUCACAGGAAUUUCCAGCCAU